UUUUUUCGCUUUCACUGGAAGUGAAACGCUCGUUUCCUGCAUCUAGUUUUCGUCUUUUUCGCUGCCCAAGUAUCGUUUAUGCUGCCAACGAGGCAUGGGGGAACGAUUCGAUUUUAUUAUAAUCGGUGCUGGUACAGCCGGCUGUGUCCUAGCCAAUAGGCUGUCUGAAGACCCUAAAGUGUCGGUGCUGUUACUGGAAGCAGGCCCUGAAGAUUCCAAUGAACAUAUCCAUACACCACGGGAUCACCACAUCCUGCAAGGCCAACCUGAUAUUAUAUGGCAUUACAUGACGGAACCCCAGGACCAUGCAUGCCUUGCUAUGAAGGAGCGUAGAACUUAUUGGCCGAGAGGAAAGGUAAUUGGGGGAAGUGGAAGUAUAAAUGCCAUGGUUUACAUUCGUGGAUGUCCGGAAGACUUCGAUUCAUGGGAACGAUCCGGUGCUACUGGAUGGGGGUAUAAAGAUGUUCUCCCAUAUUUUAUUAAAUCGGAAAACAACACCAAUCCCGAGUAUGUAGCCUCUGGCGUCCACGGGAAAGGCGGACCGCAAACAGUGGGUGACGUCAAUCCUAGCACUCGAUUGAAAUAUGCAGUUAUGGGUGCAAUAAAGGAGCUCGGCUAUAGAGAAAAAGAUUGCAAUGACGGGGACAUGGUUGGCUUUAUGAGAACGCAGGCAACUGUAAGCGAGGAUGGAAAGCGCCACCAUACUGGCAACUCGCAUCUACGUCCCGCGAUGACGAGAAGCAAUUUAUCAGUUCGCACUAACGCACACGUACUGAAGAUCGAAUUUAUGAACAAACGAGCCGUUGGCGUGAAAUACAUGAAGAAUCAUAAAGAGAGUUUUGUUUUCGCAAACAAAGAAGUAGUGUUAUCUGCAGGAGCCAUCGCCUCUCCGCAGAUAUUGAUGCUUUCUGGUAUCGGACCAAGAAAACAUUUAGAUGAAAUGAAAAUUCCUGUUGUUGCAGAUCUACCAGUUGGACAAAAUUUGCAGGACCAUAUAGCUGUAAUACCAAUGCGAUUCUUGGCCAAUGAGGAUGUAGCAGAGGAAUGGUUAACAAAUGUGUUCGUGGAGGUAAAUGGUUUCAUCAAGACUGGGGUACAGCCAGAUAUAAAAUGGCCGGAUAUUGAGCUUAUCUGUGUAGCUACGUACUAUAACUAUGGCGCGGAUGAAUUUCGAUAUCUCAAUGUCAGUGAAAUGUUUUCCCGUCCAAUGGGACAUGAUAUGUCACGCGAGGAACGAGAAGCAAAAAAAGGAGUGUUGUUCAUGCCGAUGUUGUCUCAUCCAAAAAGCACUGGAGAAAUCAAGUUAAGAACAACCAACCCAUUCGAUCACCCGAUUAUUGACCCAAAAUACAUGUCUGAAGCUAUUGACGCAAAAACACUUGUCGAGGGGUGUCGAUUUGUUCAGAAAAUGGCAGAAACGGAAGCUUUCAAAAAAUUUAAUUAUACUGGUCCAAUCUAUAGCGAGUAUCACAACUGUCCACACCCCAUGGAUUCCGACGAAUACUGGGAACACGUAGUUCGCCACAACAACAUGAACAUAUACCAUUCAGUUGGUACCUGCAAAAUGGGAGCUGCUGGCGACCCAACAGCUGUAGUGGACCCUACACUAAGGGUUCGUGGCCUAAAAGGACUUCGCGUCAUUGAUAGUUCUAUCAUGCCUCAUCAGACAUCCGGGAAUAUUAAUGCACCAGUGGUAAUGAUUGCAGAAAAGGGAGCUGAUAUUAUAAAACAACAGCACAUUGACUCCUCAUUGUAACUCACCAACGUAAAUGUGUGAAUAUUUGAUGACAAUGUGUUUUUUUAAAUCGCUUAAAAAACUGUGAUUAUUCUGUUAAUUAGAACUCGCGCAGAUGUAAGUCUCGCAUACCUGUAUUUCUGUCUUUAAAACGGGAAAAUGACCAACAAUAAAAUAAAAAAAAACGUAUUCCACGAUAUAGUGAUUGGACACAUUGGGAAAUAAAUUUAUCAUUAGGGAAGAUUUAAUGUUUAAAAAUCGAGCAAUACUAUUGAGACUCUUUAUCACGUCGCUGAUGCAGUGCAAGCAUUUAAUAUCCACUAGUUGAAUUCUUCAAUCACACAAUCUCAACUACUAGUAUGUUGUAAUUUUAUAUCGUCUUUUAUGUUAUGCUAAUAAUGUGUUUCCCUCGUGGUAUAUCAUUCAUAUACAAAUUGUAUUGACUUGAUGUUGCGAGUCGCAUGCGUCACUUUGAAAUGCACCAUGUGUUACAGCAAGUCUCAGAAGUAUUGGGGCAGCCAAUUUGCAAACUCGUUGACUAAUUUUUGCUGUAAUAUUUGAUCAAAGUUAAAGUGUGAACAACUCCCGUUUUUUUAACCAUUUGAGCCCCAAAGUCAACUUCAGACACUAUUCCCAAAAACCUGAAAUAUACAUGAGUGAUUGAAUCUCGCUCGUAGGUAUUUGGGGAAACCUCAAUUAUAACAGUUGAGAUUAUAAAAUAAAAUUGUUCGCUAUUUCA